GCGCGCCAUGAGGAGCCCGUCCGCGCCCGACCGCAGAUAUCGCGUCCAAAAUGAUAGACGCCCCAAGGAAUAGCUCAAGAAGUCUGACCUCGUUAUUAAAUCUCCGCCGGCGAGCGGCGAAGGCAGCGCGGCUCCAUUGGAGGGCCGCCGAAGGGAGCGGGCGGAGCGAGCCCCGGCGGAGGCGGGGCGGCCGGUUUCGACGGCGCGGCCCUCCGCGGGCGCGAUCCCUCCCCGGCAUGCUAAUGGCGCCCGCGCGGGCGGCUCGCCAUUUGGCGCUGUGCUCCGGUCGCCGGCGGAUAUCAUGAGCCGUGCCUGAUGAGCGCCAGGAUGACGAGCCCCGAGCCGACGGACGGCAGCCGCUCGGGCUCACCGGCGUCGCCCGUGCCCUCGGCCGAGGGCGCGAACCACAAGCCUCGACUUUCGUUCAGCAUCAGCCGACUGCUGGGCGACGACAGCGAACGGCGGCCCGACGGCGGCCUGCUCGGACCUUCGCCUCCGCUCGUUGGGGCCGCCGAGAUGCCCGCGCUCGUCGCGGCCGCUCACCUCAGCCCGCUGCACCUGGGCGCCAACGGGACGGUGAUCCGCGUGCCCGCGCACCGACCGGCGCCCCUGGGAGCCGCGGCAGCGUUCCCGUCCUUUCCCUGGAUUGGACCCGCGCAUCCGGCCGUCAAAGACCGCCUCCAAGUGCCAUUCGGGCUGCCGAGUGCCAUGCCUCCCGUGCCGCCCCGGAGGAUCGGCCAUCCGUACCAGAACCGGACGCCACCGAAGCGGAAAAAGCCGCGCACAUCGUUCACGCGCAUGCAGAUAUGUGAGCUCGAGAAGCGCUUUCACAAGCAGAAGUACCUCGCGAGCGCCGAGAGGGCAGCCCUUGCCAAACAGCUCAAGAUGACCGACGCCCAAGUCAAAACAUGGUUCCAGAACCGAAGGACCAAGUGGAGAAAAAUCAGCCCUCUUUCAACCUACGCCGCAUUUCCUGAUGAUCUACGCCAGACGGCGGAGGAGCGCGAGGCGGAGCGGCACGCGGCCAACCGGCUCAUGAUGUCGCUCCAGGCCGAGGUGGUUAGCAAGUCCAUCUACGAGGGCGCCCGGGACUCGUUGUGCAUGAGCAACGCCUCGCUUCAUGCCCUCCAGUCACUGCAGCCCUGGGCCUCGGAAGCAGCCGCGGCGAACGCGCUUCACGCGAGUGCCGCCGCGGAGCGCAGUCAGGCGGCUGCCGCGUACCUAGCGCAGCCGCCAUCACUCACCUCGCCCCUCUGCUGAUGGGCCGCCGACCAAGCUCUGAUCUCGGACUACGGGCAUUAAGCGCUGAAGCCACCUCGAUUCGCACCUGGGACAAAAAAGUGUUCGCAACGCGCGGAGCCGGGAAAGCACCGCAUAAUUGCUCGGUGAUCGCAUUUGCAAUGGAUUCUCAAGUGGACUGUCCUAAGGCUUCGUUGUGACUGUGAACUGCGUUUGGCGGGGAGGUCGUCGCUGUGCCGGCCACACUGACGGACUGAAUACCGCGCCGGUUCUCCGAGUGAGCGGCCCGGCCAGCUGGCUGCUACUACAGUGCACGUGUAAAGACAUGCAAUGGACGCAAUCCUACCGGUGCGCUCUAGGCGUGUGCAAGCUGUGCAGUAGGCUGUGGGGACGGGUGUCGCGUGCUGGGUUGGCGCCAGAUCACAGUGAGCGGCACAAUAUGCAUAUCCUAGCACUUCAACAUCGUACUGACGUAGUUUAUCGAUGCGAAAUGCUUAACGUGAGCUUCUGCAAGCACUGACUUCAUCAAGAUGGCGGACAUCACGCUACAAGUGCACAAAAUUCGCGUCAGCGAAAGCUCAAGGACGUUCA